AGGAUAGAAUAGUCUUUUCAAUCACGUAAGCCUUUCCAUUCCACUUUUCUGCGCCGAAAAGCUUCUAUCGUGCGUCUCCGCAACGGAACACACCAUUUUGCAGCACCACCCAAACGUGAACUGAAACUCUUAACAAGCCCAAAACCCUAAUCACCACCACCACCUGAACUCAAUGGACUUCACUCCGCCGCCGAUCGAAGACGGUUUCACGGCGGAGAAGCUCUUCAACCAGGGCUUCUCUUACACCUACGACGACGUCAUCUUCCUCCCUCACUACAUCGACUUCCCCGCCGACGCCGUCGACCUCUCCACUCGCCUCUCCCGCAACAUCCCCCUCUCCACCCCACUCGUCGCUUCCCCCAUGGACACCGUCUCCGAGUCCGCCAUGGCCGCCGCCAUGGCAGCCCUCGGCGGCAUCGCUGUUGUUCAUUCCAACACCACGACCUCCUCGCAGGCCGCCUUCGUCCGUGCCGCGAAGUCACGCCGUGUACCAAUCCUCUCCGACCCUGUGUUUCUCCCUCCCUCCGCCGCCAUUGAGUCUGAAGAUGACUUCGGCGGCUCUCCGUUUAUCCUCGUCACGGAAUCCGGUGGACCUACCGGGAAGUUUCUCGGGUAUGUCUCGAAGGCUGAUUGGAAGGCGAAUCAGAGCGGGAGAGCCCGCGACUACAUGCAGCCGUCGCCGGUGACUGUGCCGUGGAGCGCUGACCUUGCGAGGAUUGAGGAGGAGAUGGAGAGGAAGAAGGUGGAUGUGGUGGGUUUGGUGAAUGAUGAGGAGGUGGUGGAUUUGGUGACGAAGGGGGAGGUGGAGAGGGUGAAGGGGUAUCCGAGGUUGGUUGGAGGAGGGUCGGUGGGGGCUGAUGGGAAGUGGAUGGUGGGGGCCUCAAUUGGGACGAGGGAGCAGGAUAAGGAGAGGUUGGAGCAUUUGGUGAAGGCUGGGGUGAAUGCAGUGGUGUUGGAUAGCUCUCAGGGGAACUCUGUUUAUCAGUUGGAGAUGAUCAAGUAUGUGAAGAAGGUGUAUCCUGAGUUGGAUGUGAUUGGUGGGAAUGUGGUUACUAUGUACCAGGCUGAGAAUCUCAUUCAAGCUGGUGUUGAUGGGUUGAGGGUUGGUAUGGGCUCUGGCUCUAUAUGCACCACCCAGGAGGUCUGUGCUGUUGGGCGUGGUCAGGCAACCGCUGUUUACAAGGUGUCAUCCAUUGCUUAUAAAAGUGGUGUUCCUGUGAUUGCUGAUGGUGGCAUCUCAAACUCUGGUCAUGUUGUAAAGGCUCUAUCUUUGGGAGCAUCCACUGUUAUGAUGGGAAGCUUCUUAGCUGGUAGCCUUGAGGCUCCUGGGGCUUAUGAAUAUCAGAAUGGUCAACGUGUCAAAAAGUAUAGAGGAAUGGGUUCCCUUGAAGCUAUGACUCAAGGCAGUGACGCAAGGUACCUUGGUGAUACAGCAAAGCUAAAAAUUGCUCAGGGGGUUGUUGGAGCCGUUAAAGACAAGGGUUCUGUCUUGAAGUUCAUUCCAUACACCUUGCAAGCAGUCAAGCAAGGGUUUCAGGAUAUUGGUGCCUCCUCUCUGCAGUCUGCUCAUGACCUUCUAAGGUCCAGGGUGUUAAGGCUAGAGGUCCGGACUGGAGCAGCACAGGUGGAAGGUGGAAUCCAUGGGCUGGUUUCUUAUGAAAAGAAAUACUAUUGAAGGAUGAAACCAUUCAAAUUGAUAAGCUCUGUAAAAGUUGCAGUUCGCAUAAAAGAAGGGCAAAAUGUUAUUGGGGCAGUUGCAACUUACUGCCACUUAAAUUAUGGGGAUUGGGAAGUUAUAUGAAUAGAACAUCACGGGAAGGAAAGUUUCCCUGAGGUCUUGAAGUAAGAUCCCACUAUGAUUUCGUGGGAAUAUAAUCUGGAGUUUUAUUUUAAAUUAUGUUCACUGGACUUUGUUUCUGUCAAUUUUGUCCUAGACAUCAUGGUUUCCUCCCUUAAUGUUAGACAGCUUUUUUUUUUUGGUCAAGUUAGACAGCUUUUAUGCGGCUC